AUGGAGGGGGCAACGCGCCGGGACGAUUACCAGAAAAGCUCCAUCUUCAGGGGAUCCGGCUGCAGCGUGGCAUUUUUAGAUGUAAAGUGCAAAAAAGUGUUCCCUGGUCUGGUUCGGGGGGAGAUCAGAGGAUCCCCCCCUCAACCGGCCCAUGAUCCCCACCACCUGCAAAAGCGCGACAGCUACCCCGCACGGCAGGACUGUCCUGUGAAAACUGGGACUGUUGGGAAGUAUGCAUUGACCAGUGACGAGAUUCACGGAGAGCCCAUCAGGACGUUGCCAAACAUGGAGAGCCUGCAAAGAGGGUUUGAAGAUUUAGGGCUUUUGGAGUCAUUCGUCCCCCAUCCGGAGCCUCAGCUGGAUAACCUCCUCAACGAUGUUUACUCCGAGGAGACCUUUCAGCGGAACGAAGAGUCUCCCCAGCACGGCGGCGAUUACGGGAAGUUUAACUCAAUGAGUUACGGCUCCACGGUCGGUGGUCAUUGGGCCAAAGAGUACGCUGGCUUUCCAAAAAAUAUAUGCAAAGGGGAAAAGGGAAGGAGAAAGUUUCUGAAUUCAGUGGGUCAGAGUAAUUAUCCCUCUGGCUCUAGUGAUGGAUGGACUAAAGAAAAUCACCUUAAAGCCUGCGAUUUUAUGCCCCUGGGUAUGAAACCAUCAACACAUCAAUAUAAUCAAGAGUAUUCUAAAGGGAGAGGCGUUCAUGCCCUCUCUCAAAGCAGAGCGUACAGCGAAGAGUCAGAAAGCAAAUUCAUUAACGUUCCAAACGUGUGCUUUAUGGACUCUUCGGAGGUACGUCACAAUGAAAACCUUCAUCCCUCUUGCUUUGGGAGCCGGUGGUUAGAUGGUGAGUUGCUGGCAAACCAGAAACCAGCGACAAGCCCUCUUCCAUCUUCCACGAGUUCUUCCUUGUCAGACGGCUCUCCCACGCAUCGUUCUCUGUCCCAGCAGAGUUAUUAUUCCCACGCUUCUUCGGGACCCGCUUCACCAGAAAGUGGGCAAACGCCAAGGACUGCUCCUGCCAACAAGGUGCCCUUUUCCAGCUUUAUCGAGGAAAAUCACAGACCCACAAAGCCAUUUGGCCCGUUGUCUCCUGGCGAAGACGUCGUGCGUCCAGAAAUACCGGUUGGUUUCCCAGGGUAUCCUGCACAGGGGUAUCACCGGUUACCCAGAAAAACAAACCCCCAGCAGAACCGAAACGCCGAGCGGAGAGGAAGACGGAGCGGUCAGCAGGGAAAUGUUCAUCAGAAUCCCCAGCAGUUUAAUUUCCGUCGGAAGCAAGAGCCAAAUGUUGGCAACGUGUCGGACUUCAUCAAUACCUCCUUUCUUCCUCCUUUCGCGUUAAUGUCUGAUAACAAACAAAGUCAGAAUUUUCCUCCCUUCAACCCGCAAGCCUAUACUCCGCCAACAAACUUGCCGUUUCCGCCUCCGACGCUCCCGUUCUCUGACCUCUUUGACCUCCUUCACUACGAGGACUUGAAUCGCCUGAACCCUUUUCUAAGCGACUUGCUUUGUAGCGAGCUUCCUCCUCCUCCUCCGUAUAUUUCAUUCCCGACUCCAUUCAGCAAGUGUCGGCCUCAAAGAAACCGCAGCGGGCCGGCCAGCGAGUUGCACGUUCAUCUGGAGGAGUGCUCUGAGCAGUUGCGAGCUCUCGAGAAGGAAAGGAAAACGACAGAAGCAGAACUCGGCCGACACUUUCCUGGCAACAGAGCGUCCGGCUCGUACAGCUCGGCCAUCCCGAGACUUCCCACCAAUCCGUCCCGAGUGGACCGUCUGAUUGUUGAUGAAUUCCGAGAACAUGCUCGGGCUGUGUCGUUGGUUAAAAUCAUGGAAAGAAUCUGCAGCUGCGCUCUUCACGUGAAUAUAACGCUGGCCCUCGAGCAUCACCUGGAAGCGAUCCGCUUGACGCAAUCGCGGCGCAAAGAUGAGAUCGUGAAUGCCGCCAAUCGCCAAAAACAAGGAGCGCCCAGAUACAAUAAUGAGAGGGAUGUUCUUGCUUUGGCCGCUGCCAUAAAAGACAUGGCGGCUUCCACUCGAAGGGCCAGAACCGCCUUAUGGUGCGCGGUGCAGAUGACGUUGCCGAAGUCUUCCUCCGGCUCUGCGGUGACCCAGGAGGAUCUGGAGAGAGCCCUGCAGGAGCUGUUUCCUACCAAGGCUGGCACCUGCGCCGACAUUAAAGAUGGCAAAAGAGGCAGUGAAUAAUCGCACCAUCUACAGAUCGUCGGUCCUGGGAUACGUCGCCCGCUCCGUGAGAAGGUUGCCGAAGGUGUCCCUCGGGGAGAGCCGCGCGACGCCGUCUGCAUAACCUUUUCCAACCUCCUGAUACCCGUUUCUAGUAUUUUCUAUAUGCGUUUUCUGUAGCCUUUCCAAUUUUUAUUGGUUUACUGAAUACUUUACUUUGAAACAAAGUAUUUCCUCCGGUUUUAUAAUGCGUUUAAAGGGAAUAGUGUUACUUCUCUCCGUCGGUCUCUGAGGUCGUGUUGCUAAACUGUGAUUUACCUUCAUAAACUGUUU